CGUGCACGUAGGGUAGGCUAGCGACUCAUCUCAGCCCUGCUGUAAAGUUUUCUGGACUCAAGCAAGGACAGACCUCAGUCCCAGUAACAGAUAGGAGACAUGCAGUCAGUGGCAGGCAGAAGACUGGCGACAGUACUCACCCAUCUGUCCCAAAAAGGAUCGCGUCAUCACAAACCAAUGGACAUCAUACCGUCCUUGGUAAACACUCGUACAUCCUCCACAGAUUGGACAUUACCAGGAAUAAACGUCAUAAAUAAGGACACCGUCAGCUUCAGUCACGUGUUCCAGCCCUGGGACUUUGAUGAUUUUGACAAGUUAGCUACAAUUCCGGUCGGGAUUCUCGCCAGACAGAUACCAACGUUUUCUUACCUGUUAGGGAAUCGUUACUUCUUCCAACCGCCUGAACAAAACAAGAAUGAACCCGUUUUCAAGUUGGUCUUCAUACGAGGUCAAAGCUUCGAAUUCCUGCCAGCCUACUAUCGCCACCUUGCACCUGGUAAGAGAACUGCAGCUACUGUACAGUUGUGCUCACUCGGCAACACUUCGUGGGCGACCAUGGAAGAAAUAAGAGACUCCUCACCUAUGAGCUAAUGGUUAAGGGAACAUGUCAAAGAAUCAACGUUGAUUCAACCACACGCAGACCAGAGCCGCUUCCUGAUGGUUGAAGGAGAGGUAUUCUUAUCUUGCAUCAUCGUUACCACGGCAACUAACAGUUCAGCCAUUUCUGGUACCAAAAAGCACCAAUUCGUACCGAUAUUCUGUAGUUGUGGCUCCGAGAGACACAGACAGUUACCAUCACACCAAUCAAAAAUCCUAUAUCUGGUACUGUAUGGAC